GAAAUAUACCCAGGAAGUGUAGAGCAUGAGACUGCAGUUUGACGUGAGCCGUUGCUGUCGUGCUUACCAAGUUUAAUUCCUCUUUACCAGUGAACGCCUCAAAUUUAAAGAUGGUGGACUCUCAAUACUACCUACCAAAUGACAUUGGCAUCUCCUCUCUUGGCUGCACCGAGGCCUUUCACUUGCUCUCCCCUCAGGAGAAGAUGUAUGCUCACUACCUGUCACGUGCGUCCUGGUAUGGAGGCCUGGCAGUCCUCCUGCAAACAUCCCCGGAGUCGCCCGCCAUCUUUGUUUUGCUGCAGAGGAUCUUCCGGAAGCAGACCCCAGCGCAGCUGGAACAUGUGGCGAGAGCAGUUGGGCUCACCUCGGAGCAGUACCAGGCCUUCUUGGUGUAUGCAGCAGGUUUCUACGCCAACAUGGGAAACUACAAAUCCUUUGGAGACACUAAGUUUGUCCCAAAUCUACCAAAGGACAAGUUGGAUGCUCUGGUGAGGGCCAGCCAGGCGUUUCAGGAUGAGCCUGCUGAGAUGGAGGCUCUUUGGGAUAGUUGCUCGUGUCUCAUUGAUUCCCUGAAGGACAAACAGAAACAACUGGGGCUUGGCGACAAGGGAAUCACCACAUACUUCUCAGGAAACUGCUGUCUAGAAGAUGCUGAGCUGGCGCAGAAAUUCCUGGACUCAAAGAAACUGUCGGCCUACAACACCCGGCUCUUUAAAAGGGAAAAUGGCGAGAAAACUUGUUAUGAGGUGCGCAUGGCCUCAGCUGUCGACAAAGACUGUACGGUGGAUGGUGAGUGUGAAUCUUGCUGUGGAUGCUUCACCUUUGAGGGCAAAGAGUUCUCUGUAAAAAGGGGGGACUAUGCUCCCCUCAUGGGGAGGGUCUGCCAUUACCUUAAGAAGGCUCAGGCCCAUGCUGCCAAUGAGAACCAGAAAAAGAUGCUUGAGGAGUACAGGCAAAGCUUCACCUUUGGUUCUGUGGAAGCCCACAAGGAGGGCUCACGCUAUUGGAUCAAAGACAAGGGACCAAUUGUGGAGAGCUACAUUGGCUUUAUUGAGAGUUACAGGGACCCAUUUGGCUCCAGAGGAGAGUUUGAAGGUUUUGUGGCGGUCGUAAACAAGGCGAUGAGCGAGCGUUUUGCCAAACUGGUGAGCUCGGCAGAAGUGCUGCUUCCUGAGCUUCCCUGGCCGAGGGAGUUUGAGAAGGACACUUUUCUUAAGCCGGACUUCACCUCCCUCGACGUUCUUACCUUCGCCGGCAGCGGAAUUCCGGCUGGCAUCAACAUCCCUAACUAUGAUGACAUCAGACAAUCAGAGGGCUUUAAAAAUGUGUCACUAGGAAAUGUGCUGGCUGUGGCUUACGCUACCCAGAAAGAAAAGCUUACCUUCUUGGAGGAAGAGGACAAGGAUUUGUUCAUCAAGUGGAAGAGUCCAUCAUUUGAGGUGCAGGUCGGACUUCAUGAACUGUUGGGCCACGGCAGCGGCAAGUUGUUUGUCCAGGAUGAUAAGGGGCAGUUCAACUUUGACCAGAACAAAGUCACUAACCCAGAAACAGGCGAGCAAGUUUCCAGUUGGUACCAGGACAGUGAGACUUGGGACAGUAAAUUCUCCACUAUUGCCUCCUCCUAUGAAGAAUGCAGAGCGGAGUGUGUCGGGCUCUAUUUGUGUCUCAACAAGGAAGUACUCAGUAUUUUUGGUCAUGAGGACCAGGAUGCGGAGGAUGUGGUGUAUGUGAACUGGCUGAGUAUGGUGCGAGGAGGACUGUUGGGCCUGGAGUUUUACACACCUGAGAAUAAGAACUGGAGACAGGCUCACAUGCAGGCUCGUUUCGUGAUCCUGCGCGUGCUGCUGGAAGCCGGGGAGGGCCUGGUGGGCCUGGAGGAGGUCACGGGAACGGAUGGCAAGCCCGAUGCUAGGAUCACAAUAGACAGGAGCAAGAUCCACACCGUGGGCAAGAACGCCAUCCACAAAUUCCUUCGGAAACUGCAGGUAUUUAAAUCCACAGCAGAUGUGGACAAAGGCAGGGCCCUGUAUGACAGCUACUCCACCGUAAGCGAGAGCGGUGCUCACAACUUUUUGCGCCUUCGUGAGACAGUGCUGCUGAGGAAGGAAGAUCGUAAGAUAUUUGUCCAAGCCAACACCAGGAUCAACGAGGAGAGCAUUGAGCUGGUAGAAUACGAAGGCAGUGCAUCAGGCUUGAUUCAGUCCUUCACUGAGCGCUUCCAAGACGACGACAAACUAGAAGCCGACCUCUUGGAGUUGAGCAGAGUAGAUUGUUCCUGUUGGUGUUGAUGGCCGUCUCGUCCUUGAGGAUCCAAUUAGACUUUAGUGGCUCUUAGAUUAGUUCUCAUAAAACUAACUGACUCACAUGUUACUCAAAGCCAAAAAGUGCGAUCUAUUAAAUCUACUGUAGACAAAACCACAGCGCUAGUUCACAUGGUUAAUAUUUCAUUCAUUUCAUGAUGACAAAUGUCUAUUUGCUGACAGAAUAAAAAAGUUCUUUGAUAUGGUCGUACUGUCCAUGACAAGUUAAACACAUGCAUUGAUUCAACUUGUCUCUUUGUUGAUGAUUCUGCAAGUUAAAAUACUGCCAUUUCUUCAUUUUGGAUGUCAAAACAUGUUUUACCUGGUUUAAGAGGAAGAAAUAACAUGACAGUAUUCAAAUAUUGUGCAUCUUAAGACAGAAAAUAUGUUCCAAAAUAAAAUAUUUGAUAGAAAUCUUUU